CACUACAUCCACACAGACACAUUCUAGAAGCGAGGAAGCACGAGAAAAAGCAUCCUUACUGGACAUUUGUCGGUGGCGCCCCAUGAGAGAGACCACCGCUUCAUUUUUUAGGAUUUCCAGCACCAUUUAAAACAAAGACCACCCACCUACUACUUAAAGAUGAAGGCAUUUAGCAUUGCAGUUGCAGUGACACUCGUGCUCGCCUUUAUUUGCAUCGUGGAGAGCUCGGCGCUCCCCUUUAAUGAGGGGCAGCAAAUGGAGGAGGCGAUAGGAGGCGACACUCCAGUUGCGGGAUGGCAGGACGAUGGCGCCGAGCUUUGGACACCGUACCACGUGCGUCAAAAGCGGCAGAGCAACCUGUCGCUGUGCCGCUGGUGCUGCAACUGCUGCCGGUCCUACAAAGGAUGUGGUUUCUGCUGCAAGUACUAAAAGAAAGAUCGAAAAGAAAGAAGGCCAUCGAAUCAUGUAAAGCAGCAUAGGAAAUGAUAAUUUAUUGUGCUUUAUGAGUGAGCUGUUUUUUUGUUUUUUUUUUUGUAGAGGAAAAUUUCCAGUUGCACAUGCUCUUUGUCAUCAAAAGUGGUAUUUAUUUGUUGUUUUUAAUAGUUGCAACAAUUUUGUAAAUUUUUUUUUUUUAAAUUUCAAACUUGUAUUCUAAAUUAAGGCUGCCAUCUUCAUGUAGUGAUGAAUAAAUGGAUGUUUAAAAUUCA